AUGGCAUCCCCGAUAUUGACACUUGGCCGAGCAUUGAUGACACUAGGCAACAUCUUCGUCUCAGCUGGAAGCAUAGCAGCAGAUUACAAUAAGACACAUGUUUUUAACGAGCGUUGGCCGCCUCACGCUCGCUUCCACAAUGGACAGACGAUGACCCUCAGUGUCCUACUCAGCGGGAUGAGCAUGUACCUGCUGUACAGGUCCUCCUUCGCGUUCUCAAGCUCAGCAAUCAACCCCAAAGACAGCGUGUUCCUAGCAGCAAUCAUCGGCAGCUUUUACUGUGCAGCUGGAACGUCGGCCAUAUUCUACCCGGGAACGGCAUGGAAGGACCCUGAGUUCAACACUGGCGAGGCUCAGAAGUUCGUCUUUCCCGGCCAAGUGGCCCUGAUGUGGGUUGGCUAUGCUUUGGAGAUGAGGCGACUGGGCAAUAUCUAA